AUGGCCAAAACGGCCCUCAGCGGCGCCCAUACCGCUGGGAUCUAUGCCGACUUGACUCUCGAUGGGCCUGAAAUUGGGACGCUUGUCGUCAUUGUUGAUCGAGCGAAAAACCUACCAAACCGGAAAACGAUGGGAAAGCAGGAUCCUUAUUGUGCUGCUAGACUAGGGAAGGAGGCCAAGAAGACCGACACAGACAAAAGAGGAGGGCAGACACCGAAAUGGGAUCAGGAAAUGCGCUUCACUGUUCAUGAUUCCCCUGACUACUACCAACUGAAAGUAUCUGUAUUCAACGACGACAGGAAGACUGAACUCAUCGGAGAGACCUGGGUUCCUCUCGACCGAAUAAUCAUACCUGGUGGAGGAACAAAUGAUCUCUGGCAUGGCCUCAAUUGCAAGGGAAGAUACGCAGGAGACAUAAGGAUUGAGCUCACAUACUAUGAUAUACGCCCAAAACUAGAGAAUGCAGAAGGCCGACGUCAAUCUGCCCCAGUCAUGGGGUCUAUGGAUCAAGUAAGCAGUGGCAUUGGCGGCCCGAGACAGCCCAAGCCAGUCAAGAGAAGACCUUUGCCUGCGGACCCAACCGACCCUUCUCGCUCCUCACCUCUCCCUCAAACACCUCCUCCAAUCAGCCAAAAUCUUUCAAGCUCUCAGCAGCGUUACGUUGCGUCACCAGACGAUUACGGUUUCCAGUCUACACCGCCAACAGAUAAGCGACACCAGCGUCUACAAGAUGAACAGCCUCGAAGCUCGCCUUUAGCCAACAGCCAACAAGCCCAAAGACCGUACAACGACAACCCAAAUAUGGCACCAGCGCCAAGCCAGCCUGAUUUCGACAUGUACGAAUCUACCAGCCAAGCAGAUUACAGACAAGUCAGCGCUCCGGUGCUCGGUGAAAGCCCACAGAAUGGGCAACCUUAUGACCAAGAGAAUGAGUACGAUACGGAAUACGCGGAUGAUUGGCAGAUGAGGCCACUAGCGCAACCAUUGCAGAAUGGCAUGAUUCAUUCCAAUUCUUCGCCAGCGAUGGUAGAUCACCGGCUCAUAGAUCCCCGGCUCCGCCAGAAUACGAUGCCACAUGCAUGGCCGGAUGCCGAGACUGUUGUGGAUGAUGAAGGACCGCCCCCUCCUCCGCCUCCAGCUCACCGAUCCAUUCCUCUAGCGGCGCCUCUUACUCCACGUGCUCGAGGCAAUAUUACCGGCAGUAUCUCUGGUAGUCCUUUGGCCAAGGUCCAAAGCAAUUCUACAUUUCAAGGGUAUCAACCCUCAGUAUCGCCUUCUAAUUCGCAAGGGUACCUGCAUCAUGGCAUGCCGCCUAGUCUUGUUCCUGGCUACGAGUCUAAAAUAGCUGAGGACGAGUCGGAAAGGACGUACGAAAGGCGCAUGAGCGCAAGGCAACAGUCUCUUAAUCAGCCGCUUCCUCAGACUAACCCCGCUUCCUCAGCAACUCAGUCUAUACAGCAGCCGUUGCCUCGAAGCUUUGAGAAUAUGCAAGAGAGGCGAGCGCACCGCUACUCCGCCCCUGUCGACCGAUACUCCACCCCAAUAUCCAAGCCGCGAGCGGUAAGCCCAGAUCCUCGUACCCCUGUACGCAAGUCUUUGAGCCCACAACCGGCACCUGCAGAGAGACCACAGCAAUCCGGGAUACCUUUCUCGCCUGACUCAUUUGACGCCUACAACCCGUCCAUCAGCGCUGCAAACGGCGUCAAUGAUCCAGGCGCGAGGUACAGCACACCAGAGCAAGCUACGGAAGCUUCUCGACAACAUGAACGACAAGAAAAGCUUGGUGACGGACCCAUCAUUGGCAACGACGGACGGAUUAUUGACCCAUCAGACCAUCUACCAACUAAUACGUGGGCUCCAGAACCGGAGCAGAAGUCACCAACCAGGCGGGGUCCGGAGGUCACCGUCAGGUUCAGGAAUAGUCCGCAAGGCGCGCAACCCAUGCCGUCGGCUGGACGUAGACCACUUAACGAAGCAUCCACCCCAUUGUAUAAUCACAACGCGGGAAACAGCCCUUCAAAUCCGCCCAAUCGAAAUCGUCUACAGAAAUAUCCAAGGAUUUCGCCUGGUAAUGUCCCACCUCCUGUGCCCGGGAAGAUUCCCAUAGGCCGUGGGAAGGAAGAUUGGGGCGAUGCCUUGAGCGAGGAGAUGCGGAGGAUUGACAUCGGAUCGGGCAGGAGAAGGGGUUACGGGCCAUGA